AUGUUAGUUUUUGAUUAUAAUCUGUCAUUUUAAGUAGUCGUAGUAUUAAUAGUUAAUUCCUAUUGCGAAUCAAUAGUAAUUUAUUUGUUAGCUCUACUAUUUUCUCUUAGUUUUCUAUUCAUAAAUGUUAAUAGCUUUUUAUUUUAAUAUAUAUUCUUAUCAAUCAAUAGCAAGCUUGAGAAUAGGAAGUCUUCAAAUAGUAAUUAUAUAGUUAGCAUAUAAGCAAAAAGACAAACAAACUAAGCAAAUAAUCAUUUAGGAUUUUUAUAAAUUUUUAGCAAUAAAUUUGAGAAAUAUUAUAAUUAUCUAUUUAUAAUGUUUUUUUUUAUAUUAGCAAAUAGUUUAACAUAAUAAUAUUUUAUAAAAGCAAAGUAAAUUUUUGUAAGUUGA